GGAAAAUCGGGCUUCUUCUUCUCCCAAGGUCCCCCUUUUAUCCGUAUCUAAAACCACGUAAUAAUGGCAGUAUUAUUAUAUUAUUAUUAUUAGUAUCGAGUGCUUAUAGCUUUUCACGUCAAAGUACUGCUGCUCCGCCUAUCUGGAAUUGGACACAUUCCACGGCACUAUAGUCGAUCAGCCGCCGCCUUCGUGAUCGCCAAUUUCUACCCAGAUUUUUUUCUAUUUUUGCGUGGUCCAGUAAUUGCAGCCAUGAAUUGCCCCUCUCGACCCGACGAUACUCUGGAUCGUCCCGACUGGAAUCAGAAUCCACCGUUUCUGAACGCAGAUGGUACGACCAGACAGGAUCUCAAUGGCAUUUCCAAUGCCAGAGAACAACGCGACCAUGUGUCCAAGACGGCCGGUGCGGCAAGUGCUACGACGUUACCAUCGGAGAUCCAACAGAACCGCGAAGAUGUCGGAGAGACCGAACCCACCGAGAAACCUGCUGGAGGAGGAGUGGAAACGGCUACCUCUCAGCUUGAACAGCCAGAGAGUGCUAGCCGAUUCCCUCACCUUUCAGUUUUCCCCAAGAACUUUCCUCCUUUCCAACGGGCGAUUCAAGCCAUUGCGAAGCUUGCUCGCUUUGUUGGACCCGGGUUUCUGGUCGCCGUUGCGUACAUUGAUCCGGGAAAUUAUUCCACAGAUGUUGCGGCCGGAGCGGACACCAAGUAUGCCUUACUCUUCGUAGUGCUGAUGUCCAAUCUCUUCGCCAUCUUUUUGCAGUCGUUAUGCAUCAAGCUCGGCAGCGUGACGGGCCUCAACCUGGCGGAAAAUUGUAGAGCGCAUCUCCCACGGUGGUUGACCAUUAUCCUUUAUAUCUUUGCUGAAGCCGCCAUAGUAGCGACGGAUAUCGCAGAGGUGAUUGGAUCUGCUAUUGCUUUGAACCUACUGUCUGACAAUAAGAUCCCUCUUGUUGCCGGAUGUGCUAUCACGCUUGCCGAUGUCUUAUUUCUCCUUAUAUUCUAUAGACCCAACGGUUCCAUGUUGGGGUUGCGAGCCUUCGAAUAUUUCGUCAUGGCUUUGGUCCUCGGUGUAGUGAUUUGCUUUUGCAUUCAACUGUCACUAAUUCGCAACCAAUCAAUCGGGGAGGUGUUUCGAGGAUAUGUCCCAUCUGCAGAUGUCAUUAGAGGCAACGGGCUUUACCAAAGUUGUGGUAUCCUGGGCGCCACAGUCAUGCCUCACUCUCUCUUCCUGGGCAGCGGGAUCAUCCAGCCGCGACUGAAGAGUUUUGAUGUUGCUCAAGGCUAUGUCAAUCCCGAUGUGCCGGUGGGGAGCAAUGGGGGCGAGGUGGAAUAUCGCCCUUCUGUAGAUGCGAUCCGUUCGUGUAUGAAGUACUCCAUAGCAGAGCUGGUAUUGUCUCUUUUCACUUUCGCACUGUUUGUCAACAGCGCCAUUCUCAUUGUGGCAGGGGCAGCGCUGUACGGGACGCCUGGAGCAGGCGAUGCGGACCUCUUUGGGAUCUAUGAUCUUCUCUCGGGAUCUAUCUCCCCUGCCGCUGGAACGAUCUUUGCACUGGCUCUGCUCUUAUCGGGGUUGUCUGCUGGUAUCGUUUGCACCAUGUCUGGCCAAAUGGUCAGCGAGGGGAUGCUACGAUGGAGCAUAAAACCUUGGCUUCGAAGACUGAUAACCCGUUCUAUCAGUAUCAUUCCCAGCAUCGCUAUCGCUGGUGCUGUUGGAAAAGAUGGUCUGAACGCUACACUGAAUGCGACCCAAGUAGUCCUCAGUGUCAUUUUGCCGUUCGUCACAGCACCGCUCAUCUACUUCACGUGCCGUAAUCGGUAUAUGACCGUUAGGUGCGGUGAAAGCACCGGGGAAGGCGAUGACACAUCGGUCGAGUCUGCCAAAAUGAGGAACAACUGGUUCAUUGCCAUCCUGGGUGUUUUGAUCUGGUUGGUUAUUGCGAUUAUGAAUAUCGCGCUGCUGGUCCUGGUUGGACUCGGCAAGGCUUGAAAUGGACGACGGAGCCCCAGAAGAUACUGACACCUUGGAUCGCUACUAGAUAGCUACAUACCGCUUCAAUACGUAAACACCCGGACAUCCCAUAGACAAAUUGAACGUGCUUGAGUGUUUAU